AUGUCAUCUGGAGAUCAAGAACGUCUGUUGGAAGAAUCAUUAAGGUUAGUUGAGAAUGAAUCACAAUUGAUGAAUCAAGCAUUAAAAAAUAAUGAAUUGAUGGAUGGACUGAAACAUGCUUCUAUUAUGCUUGGUGAAUUAAGGACAUCUGCACUUUCUCCCAAAAAUUACUAUAAACUUUUUAUUGAUGUGACGCUUCAACUAUCAAACUUAGAAACACAUUUAAAUGAUCAAAGUCAAAAUGGAAUUAAUGUGUCAGAACUUUAUGAACUUGUUCAAUAUGCUGGAAAUAUUAUACCUAGACUUUAUUUACUCAUAACUGUUGGAACUGUAUUUUUAAAUUGCGGUCAUGUUUCAAAAAAACAACUUUUAUGUGAUUUGGUUGAAAUGUGUAGAGGUGUUCAACAACCAUUACGUGGUUUAUUUUUACGUAAUUAUCUUUUACAACAUAUGAAAAAUUUUUUACCUGAUGUAGCGGACACGACUACUUAUGAUACUACCGACAAUCCUGAUACCGAUGACGGGACAAUUUCUGAUGCUAUUGAGGCUAUUAUGACAAAUUUUUCGGAAAUGAAUAAAUUAUGGGUUAGAAUGCAAUAUCAGGGUCAUAGUAGGGAAAAAGAAAAGAGAGAGGCUGAGCGUAGAGAAUUAAGAAUUUUGGUUGGUAGUAAUCUUGUAACAUUAUCACAGCUUGAUAACAUGAAUCUCAAUAUAUAUAAGGAAUUUGUUUUGCCACAAAUUUUGGAACAAGCAAUUUCUUGUUCUGAUCCGUUGGCACAAGAGUACUUAAUGGAAUGUGUGAUUCAGGUAUUUCCAGAUAAUUAUCAUCUUAGUACACUUGAUGAUUUUUUAUUUGCGUGUAAACAAUUAGAAGAUCAAGUUCAAAUUAAAAAAAUUUUAGGAUUACUUAUUAGUAGAAUUGCUGCUUAUGUUACUGAUGAAAAAAAUGAUGCUGUACCUACGGAUGCACAUUUAUUUGAAAUUUUUUCAAAACAUGUAGAGGAUCUUAUAUCAACAAAACAAUCUUUACCACCCGAUGAUAUUGUUAGUCUUCAAGGUAACAUUGUUGACUUGGCAAUUAGAUGUUGGCCUGAAAUAUCAGAAUAUGCUACAAUUGUCUAUACUUCUUUAGUUAGCGUUUUAGAAACGUUAAAAAUUCAUUCUAUUGUAUAUGGAACUGCGUUAGAGGGAGAACAUUUGUUGCUUCUGAAUUUUUAA